GACGGCGCGGAGAAGGCGGCGGAGAAGGCGAAGCCCGCUAAGGCGGAGGAGGCCAAGGGGAAAGCGGUGAAGGCCGAGGAGGCCGCGGAGGAGGGGCCACCAAAGUAUACAAAAUCAAUUUUAAAGAAGGGUGAUAAAACCAACUUUCCGAAGAAAGGAGACACUGUUCAUUGCUGGUAUACAGGAAAACUGCAGGAUGGAACAGUCUUCGAUACCAAUAUUCAAACAAGUUCAAAGAAGAAAAAAGCAGCCAAACCUUUAAGUUUCAAAGUUGGCGUAGGAAAAGUAAUCAGAGGUUGGGAUGAAGCUCUUUUAACAAUGAGUAAAGGAGAGAAAGCUCAACUGGAAAUUGAACCUGAGUGGGCAUAUGGCAAGAAAGGGCAGCCUGAUGCUAAGAUUCCACCAAAUGCAAAACUUUUCUUUGAAGUGGAACUGGUGGAUAUCGAAUGAAGUGAAGAGUUUCCUUCGCUGCUGGGAAUCCAUUUACGAUGAAGAAAGCUUCUGACAACUGCAGUUUUGCUCUUGUAACUUCAGGAUAUAGUUACAACUGUGGCCUUGUAUUGAAAUCAAGUUUGUUUUCCCUGCCCCCCAACUGCUGUACAGUAACAUACCACUAAAGCAAACAUAGUUUAUACAUGCAA